ACGACCCUGGUAAGGUCAAUGGCACUUACCAUCUUGAUCCUCCGACUGGCCGUCUGCAUCCUGGCAUCUCCUGUGUUCUUGCUGAACUUUCUGGGCUUGUGGAACUGGAUAUGCAAAAAAUGGUUCCCCUACUUCUUGCGGAGGUUCACUGUGAUGUACAACGAACAGAUGGCCAGCAAGAAGAGGGAGCUCUUCAGCAACCUGCAGGAGUUUGCGGGCCCCUCUGGGAAGCUCUCACUGCUGGAGGUGGGCUGUGGCACCGGGGCCAACUUCAAGUUCUACCCACCUGGGUGCAGAGUGACCUGUAUUGACCCCAACCCCAACUUUGAGAAGUUUUUGAUCAACAGCGUUGCCGAGAACCGACACCUGCAGUUUGAGCGCUUUGUGGUGGCUGCCGGGGAGAACAUGCACCAGGUGGCUGAUGGCUCUAUGGACGUGGUGGUCUGUACCCUGGUUCUGUGCUCUGUGAAGAACCAGGAGCAGAUUCUCCAAGAGGUGUGCAGAGUGCUGAGGCCGGGAGGGGCUUUUUAUUUCAUGGAGCAUGUGGCAGCUGAGCCUUCCACCUGGAAUUCCUUCUGGCAACAGGUCCUGGAUCCUGUCUGGUUCCUUGUGUUUGAUGGCUGCAACCUGACCAGAGAGAGCUGGAAGACCCUGGAGCGGGCCAGCUUCUCUAAGCUGAAGCUACAGCACAUCCAGGCCCCACUCUCCUGGGAGUUAGUGCGACCUCACAUCUAUGGGUAUGCUGUGAAGUAGCGUGAGCUGGCUGUGGAGAGCUCAAUGGCUCAGAUAACUAAGCCUUCAGUUUUACAUGUAUAGUACUAACUGGGAGAAGGAAAA